UAAUUUUUACAAAUAAAAAGUGUUUAAAGUUGGUAAAUCAACUUUCAAAAUGUGUAUUCGUGCGUGCGUGCGUGCAUGUGUGUGUUUUAAAAACUAUUACAUUACAUUUUAUGAUAUUACAAAGGACUACUGCAACCUUAUAUCUUAUUAAAAACUUAGACGUAUUUAAAAUACUAAAACUUUGUAUCGUUUGUACAUUUUUCCUCGUUACUAAAUAAUAUAAACAUUUUUAAUUAAUUAUUAAUUUUUAUCAAAAUGCUUAGGCAAAUAUUUCAACGGCUAGCAUGAUAAACACGAUCGUUUAGUGCAAAAAUUGUUCAACAUAUAACUUGUCUAAAAUUCUGGAUUUGUGUCAAAACUUUGUCGAAUUUGUUGAUAUGCAUUAUUUAUUAAUUCAUACACAGUAAAAGACGAAAUUAGAAAGAAGGCAAAGUGUUAUAUAUAACCGGGUACCGUCAAUUCCUGUCGUCAUUUUGAGAUCAAAUUGAUAAUUAGCAAGUUUCUCAUAGUGAAAUCGCGAAGCGGAGAAGAGGACAAAACGAGUCGGCAUCUCCCGCAGUGAAGAGAGAUUUGCGCCUGCGUUCGUUUUCCGUCGUCGCGAAGGGUGAUACUGAUGCGCGACAAAUAAGAGAGAGAGAGAGAAACGAAGACGAGUUGGUUAAAACGAGAGAAAGAGGGUUAGAGCAGCAGGGAGAGGGACAUUGAACGCGCCGAUGACCGACACUGUACACGGCGUACAUACACCGUGGCCUCGCAGUAGUCGCAGUCUCCUUUCUGCUUCUUUCGCUCGCGCCGCACAUCAAGACUCGCUGCACUUCCUUUUGCGUUUUUACGGGUUAAAUCCUAGCGUAGUGUUUGAAUUCUCGUUCGCUUAACGAGCACAUUCCCGAGUAUUCUAAACUCAGUGUAAGAUUUCUUAUUAGACGACGCUCCGAGAACAGCGAAGAGACUCCUGCAUCUUACAAGAGGAGAAUCGGUGACCUGUCGAUUCAAAGACAAGGUUCGAUCGAUAUGCGACUUAGGGAGUCCGUCUCGGUGCCGCUACAUCCCGCUGGACUGAACAACAAUCAGCUCCGCAGGCAUAGCUCCCCGAGCCGGAGCAUCGGAGCCGGCGGCGAGAUCGGUGAUUGCAACGAGAACGCAGCCCAACCGGAACCGACCGCCAAUACCGAACCGGACUAUCCGAACGAAUCGGCGGAUUUUCGACUUGCCGAGGAUACCACCACGUGGUCCUCCCUGGCGAUUGCGCGCGAUAACGUGCAGCAAAGCAACCAGUCGACCUACCAAUCCAUCAAUGUCAAUAAUAAUCUCACCGAAUCGAGGAUACGCAGGAACAGUUCCAUCGAUAGUUUAGUCGAUUAUGAAGGCACGAUCGAAGAGCAAUCCGCCAACGUAAACAACAAUCUAACCGAACUGAGGAUACAAAGUAGCAGCUCUAUCGAAAGUUUCGCCGAUUACGAAGGACGUAAUUCUCCGCACGAGAACUCGUCGCACGAGCUGACACCGUCCGAGUGGUCCGAUUGGUCCGAGGAGGGAAACCUGCCGGCGGGCUGCCGUGGUAUCGUAAACCCCAACUACCCUGGCUUCCAGCAUCUAGCGCCUUCACUUCUAUCGGAUACCGACCUGACUGAGGACGAGCACGACAGCUGUUCUGACUAUCCACCGUCGCGCCAUCGUCCCGACGAGAUAGCCCCGUUGCCAGAAAACGACGAGUACAAUAAUAACAUCGACGAUAGCAUCAAUCAUCUCUGCGGCCAACGCAACGAUCGCAAAAUCUUCUAUGAAAAGCCGAAGUUUAAUAUACAGACUGUGACUUCCCUGUACGAGGCGGUGGUGCCGCCUUCGGAAAAGUGCAUCAACUACGUAAAGAGUGUGGAGGUCUCUAGGUCCGAGAAGGCGCUUUCGCCGGAGCUGGAGCCGGAGUCGGAGUCGGAGGAGGUUGUCGUAAACGGUAUUGUCGAGGCGGAGACCCAUCUGACGUUCCUGGACGAGCGGGAGAAAAGCUUGGCCAAUCAGGUGGACGAGCGCGCUCUUGAAUUGUCGCAGCAGGUCAUUUUCAAGGGCAAACAUCAGGGGGAGAUACCCAUUGAGGUCGAGCUGGUGGAGUUAACCACCAGCGUGAAUGAAAGCCUGCAGUUUCCGGAGAUCGAGGAGAUCUUGGAUUCUGGAAAGACUAGUGAGAUCAGCGAGACGGAGGAUGUCGCGGUGGAGCACAUCGACCUAAUACGCGAGGCAAAAGAGUUGCCUCACCCAGAUCGGUCCAAAAUAGGCAACCGUCAGACAACGACGACGUCGACGUCGACGUCGACAGGCGGUUCGGCGGACGACGACGAGUCGGAGAGCAAUAGCGAUUAUUCCGAGGGCUUCGCCGAGGAGCGACCAACCUAUACUAAACUGGAGGAAAUCGAUCUACUGUCAAGCAUCGGCCGUGACAUCGGUGUCGAUCUCGAAAAAUAUGCCCAACCGGUACCGGACGUAGUCGCGAUGGAAUCGAUCGAGUAUAUACGUCAAUCGCGGUCAACCUCGAUCAUCAAGGAACACGUGGACACUAACAAGCUGUUGGAUCGUCAACUUCCGGACGCGUUCAGCGCUGAUGCCCGAAAGAAGGAGAAAAUGGUAAAAAAUCAAGCCAAGCGCCGUCAGCAACAACAACAACAACAGCAGCAGCAGCAGCAGCAGCAACAUUCGCGAAACUCGAAUUCUCAGAGGCGUCCCGAUAAGCGCAGAAUUAACAUCGAUAAUGGAUCUGGUGGUUUCGACGUUUACAACAUUGAGACAGCGAUGCCAAAAAUCGAUCUGGACGCGAUCGAAUCACAUCUCAGAGCUGCACGUGAAGAGGAACGUCGACGACGAAAUGAUCGCGAAGAAAUCAGAAGGAGACUUGCGAUGGGACCUGAUGCCGAAGAUUUACGCACUGAACGUGGACGAAAACCUAGUCUCCAGUCACGUCUUCAAAGUGGAAUGAAUCUCCAGAUCUGCUUCAUGAACGAGACAUCAUCGGACACCGAGUCUCCGGGUUCAGAGAAUGACACAUCUCCAGGAUCUACGCCUACGUCUGUUAGCUCGAAGCAACUCAGUGGAAAGCAGCAAGUACCAAUAAGGCCACAGAUGUUGAAUCUUCCAUCUCUAAGACUCGAUGCAGGCGCGAAUUCCAUCCCGCCGAUCGACGAAGCCGAUUUUUUCGCGCGGCAAGCUAGACUGCAAACCGAAGCACGAAUGGCCCUGGCACAAGCUAAGGAAAUGGCACACAUGCAGAUGGAAGUAGAAAGGCAGAAAUUGAAGCAAAGUCCCAUCACUGAAAUGGUGCGAUGCAGUUUGGAAAAAGUCGGUGUACAACUGGGAGAGGAUAGACGCAGAUUGUCCCGUGUACUUCUUACGGAAUUGAAUGUCGCACAGCUGCAGGUGGUGGCGAAUGACUUGCAUGCAAGAAUCGCUGCAUUAAAUGAAGCGCUCGUUGAAGGGCUUUUGAGAAGAGAUGAUUUACAUAUGGAACAAGAUUCGAUGCUCGUUGAUGUAGAAGAUCUCACUCGAUACUUAGGUGCCAAGCAGGAAUCAUUGAAGAAGAAACAGCAAAAUAUGCAGCAGGCGGCAAAUCGGAAUCAUCAGCAAUCUUCUCCGGUCCCUAUGAAGCUGUCGAUGAAACCAAAAUUGACACAUUUGAAUCGUGGCCUGGUUGCCCUUGUAAGAAAAUAAUCCUUCGCUACGAGACUACGCAGUCUCGUUGAAAAUUAAAUGCCCGAAUGAAGAGGGACACUAUCGGGGGAAUUUGAAGACGUACAAAAGCGAUAAAAGAAGAAGUGAAGAAACUUUCUUUGAGAAAAGGAGCAAAAAUUUGUUUCGGCAAGGAUGAUGAAAAAGAGGGAAGAUGAAGAAACUUUCUUCGAUAGACGAAAAUGAAAUUUUUAUUAGGGAAAAAAAGCUGAAGAAAGCUUCUUCGAAAAAGAGAAUAAAUACUUUCUUUUUCAAGAAAGAUAAUGAGGAAACUUUUUCUUGGAAGGAAAAAUGGUUAAAUGUAAAAGAAUAAUUGCACGACCACUCCCUCUUACCCCCCUCCCCCCCGUGCGUUAGAGGUGGUGUGUGCGCUCGGAACUCAAAAUGUAACGAUUAGCUUUUUGAUAACUGGAGAGCAGCAAAUAUUUUUUUCUUUAAAUUUCCAAGAGAAUUUCCAAUUUUUACAGCUUCGUCGAAUUAAUUACGAGUAAGUAGAAAGUUACGUAUGUGCAUACUGCACAAGUGAGCAGAGCAACGAUCCUUCGUUUAUACUCGGCCGUUCGAAAUUCUCUAUUUCUUUUUCUCUAUCCGGUUCUCAUCUGUACUCGCUCGGCUCCUAAACUGAGAUUAUGUCCUAUGACAUGCAUGCAUCUACGAAUGUAUCGUUUAUUAUUCGCCUUUAAAUAGCGCAUCAUUAGUGAGAAUAAGUCCCUUCUCUGUUGAUAUAAGGCGAUUUUUGGCGAUCGUUUGGUACAUGUACCAAACUGUACCAGAACUAAUAAGAUAAAAGUUUACUUAUAUCUCAUUGGUUCUGGUACAGCUUUGGUUUGGUACGCUUUGGUACAUAUACCAAACGAGUCGCCAAAAAUCGUCUAUAAUAAAGAUUUAUAUCAAAUUAUUGCCGAACUUCGAGAUUUCACGUGGUGUUUAAAGACCGCUUCGUCCCGAUCGUUCACGCGUGCGUUGAUAAGAUGUUAAGAUUUCGUAAAAUCGUGUUAAUUUAAUUGCGCCUAGAGUAUAUUUGACCACAAGUUUCUGUAUCUUAUGAAUCAACGCGUAGAUUUAUAAAUUUAAUGAGCCCACAAAUAUUUGGGCGUGUAUAUCCUUGCUUCGGUAGAUCUCUAGAUCCGCCAAUAAAAAUCGCCAGCUGAUUAAACAAAUCUUUCACGUAUAAAUUCGUCGUUCCACUCGGCUUGGCUGCAAGAUACCGGUGAGACGAUAAACUAAUUUUCAUCUGUCGUAAACGAUGAAGAAAGUUACUAUACUUUCUUGUAUAGCACAAUGCGCGCACAAGACAAAAUGGAAGGAAGAUAAACGUUAACGGAGGCGAAGAGAAUGCAAUGACCAUAAAGAACGAAAACCGCGUUACAUAUCCAAAUAGAUAAUAUGCAAAAAACAAUUAGUUCAUAUGUAGAACAACUGUGAAAAUGUAAUCUGAUUAUCCGAUAGACAUUUGAUUAAGCAUAUCUCAGCAUCAUCAAGUUUAUUUGUGUAUGUUACCAAGCAACUUGGAAUUCGAAAUCGAAACAAUUCAUUGGAUUAUUCGAUUCUCGUAUUAUUUUUGCAUGCUGGUCUCACACACGAUCUCAUUUAUAUGCAGGAUUUCAAAUGUAACCAAAAUAAAUUUAAACUAAUCUAAGCUGCAGUUAGCUUCGUUAGAUCCUCUUUCUCAAUUUACUCUAAAUUAAAACAGAGAUUACU